AUGGAUUCAGAUGGGGAAUUAGAUAUUGUAGAGUUAGCUGAACGUACAGCACUUCAAGAAGAUGCAGAAAAUGACGCAGGAGAUGAAGAAAACGAUGAAAAUCAAGAAGUUCAACGCGAGGUUAACGAAGAUGACGUUGAGGAAGUUGAAGCUGAUGGCAAUGAAGAUGAUAAUGCAGCAAGAAGAGUUAUAAAACCGAAGAGAGUCGUGCGUAAUCCUCAACCAAAACUAAACGCAGAUACUUUGCGAGGACCUAGAGGUUUGACAGCAUUACCAACACUUUUUGCAAAACAAAAAUUCAAAGGGAAAGGACAUGAAGAAGCUGAUUUGAAUGUUACUAAAACCUAUGAGUAUUGGUGUCACAGGCUGUAUCCCAAGAUGAGAUUUGAUCAAUGCAUUGAGAAAAUUGAGAGUUUGGGCAAUAAAAAGCCUGUUAUGACUUACAUAAAACGAAUCCGAAUGGGUUUAUUAGAUGAAGAACCAGCGGAACCUCGUGUGGCUGCUGUUAGUGACGAUGAAAAUGAAACCACAGCUACACCCCAACAACAACAACACAUUGAAAGUGUUGAAGCUCGCUUUGAUAGUUUUGCACAGGUGCAAAAAGAACCAGAGCUCACCGAGGAACAGAAGCAGAUUAUUCGUGAGAAUAAAGAACGCGCGAUGAAGUUGCGCGCGGAGCGUCUGCGGCGUAUUCAGGAACAAGCUGAGGCUAAACUUGGAGUGUCCAGUGUUUUACCAUCGCAACAAGAUGAGGAAUCUGUUAGUAUCAGUGUAAUAGAACAAGAAAUUCAUGAUAAAACAACUCAAAUAAUAGAUAAUCAAGUUGAUGGAGGUAAUGUUGAUGUUUGUGAUGAUAAUAAUGAUGAAUUAUUAUCAAAAGUUGGUGGUGAUGAUACAGAAGAAGUUGGUCUUGAUGAAAUGUUGCAUAACCUGCAAAAUAAUGAAAUGAUUAAUACAGAAACACAGAAAACCGUUGCAGAAGAAGUUACAAGUGAAAUGGAUGUUGAAAUUGCUGAAAAUACAGAAGAAAUGAAUAUUGAUGACAUGUUAAAUGAUUUAAAUGAUAAACCAUGAUUAAAUGCGCUUAUAACCUCAAUUUAAAAGAUAUUCUUAACUUUUUGUAUCAUUUUGAGUUAAAAAUUACUAAAAAUCUUGCAAAAUAAACUUGAUUUUACAGAAAAA